CUCUUUUAUGGUAAAAGCCGCCCGGAAGUAGCGUUUCGGAGAAGAAAACCUAAACGGCCAAGUUGGAAGGGCGACUGGGCUUUCUCGAGGCUACCUGAGCCAUGGCGGGCACGGCGCUCAAGCGCUUAAUGGCGGAGUACAAGCAGUUGACUUUGAAUCCUCCUGAAGGCAUUGUAGCAGGGCCUAUGAAUGAAGAAAAUUUCUUUGAGUGGGAAGCUUUGAUAAUGGGUCCAGAAGACACGUGCUUUGAGUAUGGAGUUUUUCCUGCUAUUCUGAGUUUUCCUCUUGAUUAUCCUUUAAGUCCUCCAAAGAUGAGGUUCACAUGUGAAAUGUUUCACCCUAACAUUUAUCCAGAUGGGAGAGUUUGCAUUUCCAUUCUUCAUGCCCCUGGAGAUGAUCCAAUGGGCUAUGAGAGCAGUGCAGAACGAUGGAGUCCUGUGCAAAGUGUGGAGAAGAUCCUCUUGUCAGUGGUUAGCAUGUUAGCAGAACCAAAUGAUGAAAGUGGAGCCAAUGUGGAUGCUUCUAAAAUGUGGCGAGAAGACAGAGAACAGUUCAACAAAAUAGCCAAACAAAUUGUCCAGAAAUCACUUGGUCUUUAAAAAAAACCCAAACAAAACAUCUGAAACUCUUGACAAUCUUCUUGUUGAACAUUUUAUAGACAGAGGCUGAUAGUAGAACUCUGAAUUGGUACCAAAAAACAAAUAUUGCAAAGCUGUUCAUGAAUUUUUGCUCCUCCCUGUAUAUAAGCAUGCAUCAAUCUUUUUACAGUUUGGAAGAAAAAUCUCAAUUUAAGACAUACCAAUAGAUGGGAUGCAAGUACAAUGGAGCUGUAAUCAGUUUCUGUUAGUAAAAACUUCUUAAGUCUCUGCAGUUGUAUCUGUAAUAUCAUAUUGCCUUUCAUCACAGUACCAUUCAUCUGUGUGGCUAGUAGGCUUGAGAUGAUCUGUGAAUAUCUUAUUAUUUAGAAAAGUAUUGAAAUAUUGUUAGUGGAAGCUAUUUGUCGCCAAUGAGAAUUAUCCUUUUAAGGAUUCUUAUUUAUAUAAUCUCAUUUAAUUUUAAAAAAGGAAUGUUGACCAUCAAAAUGUUACACAAUAAGGUGGACUAUCUUUGUCCUUAGUUUCUAUUAUAGCAUUCUGCUUGCCUAAAUUAAAAACAUUUUAUGUGAUUGGACAUGAAGAUAUUCAAAAGGAAUAUAGUUCCUUCUGAAACAGAAAUUGAACUUGAUAUAACUCCUAUAAGCUCAGUGUUAGUUGGACAGUCAUUCAUAAAAUAAUAUUUGAUUUCUCUGAUUGGAAACCCCACCCAUGAUAUUUAUAAGAAAUAAUAAAGUAAUGUAUGGCAGAAGAGCAUUCUUCUUCCAAGCUAAUCUCUAAUAUAAAUACUUAAUUUUUAAAUCUAAUAUUGUCUACUCAGCAGUUCUAAUGGAAUUAGGAUGACCAUGAUUUAGUAUGAACUUUGCUGAAGGAAUAUUUGACUUCUAAUAUCAUUCUUGUAAUUUCCCGAGGGUAAAAUUAAAGGGAAUAUACACACAUUCACUAUUCAUUAAUUUAGUUGGGCAGCAGUAAGGAACAAGUUUUUAAAAGAUAUUUCAUAUGCAUUGCAGAAAUCCAUUACAUUAAGAGGAUGCCAAUUGCCCUGUAUCUGUUAUUUUAUUAUGUAGUUCAUAUAUAUUAGGUAAAGAAUAUCUUUAACAACUGAAUUAGCCUUAAACUAUAUUUAAAUGUUUCAGUUCAAUCAAAUCAUCAUUUAAAUCAAUGUUUUAUAGAUUUGCAAUCUGUGAAGGAUUGAUUCAAUAAAAUAUCUUUUUGGAAUUUACUUCAUGUAAUUUUUAUAAGGUAGUCCUUGACUUAGAACAAUUUGUUUAGUGAUCAUUCAAAGUUACAACAGUGCUGAAAAAAAUGAUUUAUGUCCAUUUUUCAGACUGGCAACCAUUCCAUUAAUACAAUUUAUUAAUGAUUUAAUAAUUAAUAUUAUUUAAUUUAAAACAUUCAUUUAGUCACCCAUCUUAUGACAAAUUCUGGCAGCUCCCAAACAAAAACUAAAAUAACAUAAAAAUGUUCAUUCAGGGCUUCCUACAGGAUGUUGCUUACUCUUCAGUAUGAAUUUCCUCAAUAAACACGUAGGAAAAGAUGGAUAGCCAUACAAGUUCCCGGUAUAUCUACUGCUGUACUAUGAAACUGUGUCAUCUUGGAAUGAGGACACUUUAAUAAAUUCUUUCAUAAUGAAGGCAAACUAAUUGGUACAUUCACAAGCAAGUUCAGAGAGCAUCAAGGACCCCACAUUCAGUUUAGGUCAGGGGUGCCUAACUUAUGUCAUCAUAUUGUGACUUUUUUCCGUUUUGCUAAAAUGGGGGUGGGUAUGGCCAGCGUGUGUCGCAUCUGGCCUGCGGGCUGCGAAUUUGGCAUCCCUGCUUUAGGUUACACUUGGUUAAAUUUGGUUAUGAUGAUGCAAUAUCCCUGCUAUUGGAAAGGCAUGGUUCGAUAGAUUAUUUAAAAGGAGGAAAACUCAUUAUCUGGUAUCAUUUCCCUGCCUCUGAGUACUAAAAUUAGUAAUUAAUCAAUUUUGAAAUAAAUU